AACAAAGAAAGAGAUAAAUUUUUCACAUAACUUUUCGAAAGUAAUGGAAACAAUACAAAUGGAAUAAAAAUUAAAGAGAAACUAGAGAGAAGAUGUUCAUAUCUUGCGGUCGAAAUAAUUUUCUAUCACUGCACAAAAUAGUGACGAUAUCUCUGGUAGUUUUUUAGCGUGUAUGCUGUGCUAGCCCGUCUAGUUGAUCAAAACAUUGUUGAAAAAAAAGAAAAAUAAAAUGUUCCACCUCAUUUCUAAAUGAAAUCGUCGAAAAAAACAUUGUUAAUCUUAAUUAUAACCAGUUUUAUGGAAAUUUGAUAGUGGUAGAAUAGCAGAGCCCCGAUGAAUUGCGGUGUGGAGAUGGCCAACAACCUGAACAAAACGGCUGUUACAUUGGCUGCUACAGAUUCAAUCGAUCCCGUCGCCGCUGAUCAUUAUUCGGCUGUGGAUGAAAACAGUAGAUACCAGGAGGUUCGAGACAGGAGAGACCCGGAAGAAUCGGUCGGCGUCGUGACAGUUCACCCGGAAAACAGGCGUAUACAAAGCGCCAUCAAACAACGGCAGUCCUUCAUGCAUCCAAAUUUUCCAACAAAGUGGAUUAUUAACUGUCCGACAUCCUGUUCGCAGACCGAGCAUAAAUGGAUGGGGCUUAUCUUUGAGGCUUAGCUCUGUCUCGAGAACGAAAAUCACCGGCAGAAGGCCCACCGAAGCAGGAGUGUGAUGAGUGCAUUAUUGGCAUAAUUAGAAGGAAAAAUCACACUAGUUAUUCUAAUUUUUCAAUUUCCGUUACAACAUAAAAAGUGUAAUUGAUUGUAAUACAUUGUCUCCCAUUACAUUUUUAAUAUAAUUUAUACACAAUA